AAAAAAAAAAACCAGAUUUUUUUUUUUGAUAUUUUAAGCAAAAAACACAAAGGAAAAUUUUAGUGAUGGAAUCUGUUGUUUCUGAGUUUGAGGGCACUCUUUUGAAAGACCCAGAUCCCUUUUCUUACUUCAUGUUGGUGGCAUUUGAGGCCUCCGGUUUAAUCCGGUUCGCAUUGUUGUUGUUGUUCUGGCCAGUGAUUCGAUUGUUGGAAAUGCUAGGGUUGGAUGAUGCUCGGUUGAAGUUGAUGGUCUUUUUCGCGACGGUAGGGCUUCGGGUGUCGGAGAUUGAAUCGGUUUCGAGAGCUGUUUUACCUAAGUUUUACAUGGAUGAUGUUGAUAUGGAGGCUUGGAAAGUGUUUAGCUCGCAUGAUAGAAGAGUUGUGGUGACCAAAACGCCUAGGGUUAUGGUGGAAAGGUUUGCCAAGGAGCAUUUACGAGCUGAUGAGGUUAUCGGAACCGAACUUGUAGUAACUCGGUUCGGAUUUGCUACGGGUUUUGUUAAAAGUGAUAUCGCUUCUAUCUCAAGGAGAGUCGCCAAGCUAUUUGUAGACGAUGAGCCUAUUUUAGGACUCGGAAGAGCUACAUCCAGUUUUCAAUUCUAUUCUCUAUGCAAAGAAAAAGUGCAUCCACCAUUUAUAACCAAUCAAAACCUCAACGAUCAACAGCUCCUCCGACCACUUCCGGUAAUCUUCCAUGAUGGCCGUCUUGUCAAGCGGCCGACACCCUCAACCGCUCUCUUAAUCCUCCUAUGGCUUCCAUUAGGCAUCUUACUAGCAACCAUCCGGAUUGUCAUAGGACUAAUUCUUCCAAUGCAAGUCAUUCCCUACAUAUCUCACUUAUUCGGUGGCAAAAUCGUCGUCAAAGGCAAACCACCACCACCCGCCUCUCGUAACAGCCCCGGUGUCCUAUUCGUUUGCACUCAUAGAACCCUAAUGGACCCUGUGAUCUUAUCCAACGUUCUAAUGCGCAAAAUCCCAGCAGUCACAUAUUCCAUUUCACGGAUUUCCGAAAUCCUAUCGCCAAUACCGACGAUUAGAUUAACUAGAAUCCGAGAAGUGGACGCAGAAAAAAUAAAAAAUGAAUUAGCUAAAGGUGACUUAGUAGUUUGUCCCGAAGGAACAACUUGUAGGGAACCCUUUUUAUUAAGGUUUAGUGCCCUAUUUGCUGAAUUAACUGAUCGAAUAGUCCCGGUUGCCAUGAACUAUAGGGUAGGGUUUUUCCAUGCAACAACAGCAAGUGGGUGGAAAGCUUUGGAUCCAAUCUUCUUCUUCAUGAACCCUAGACCGGUUUACGAGGUAACGUUCUUAAACCAACUUCCGAUGGAAGCGACAUGUUCAUCGGGAAAGAGUCCAGAAGAUGUGGCUAAUUAUGUGCAAAGAAUCUUGGCUGCUACGUUAGGGUUUGAGUGUACAAAUUUAACCAGGAAAGAAAAAUACAAAAUAUUGGCUGGGAAUGAUGGAACAGUUUCACGCACUUCCUUCGUUGAUCAAGUUAAGAAGGUGGUGAGGACUUUUAAAUCCUCUUUUCAAUAAAUUUGUUUGUUCUUUUUUUUUGUAUGGAAUAAAUUGAAUUAAAUGAUGUCCUUUUGUUGUACAUAAUGGGAUUUUUUUUUUGGAUUAUUAUUUAUGAGAUUAUUAAUAAUACUUGACUUUCAUGAAACUUAA